AAACAAAAACAUCUGUGCGGCUUCUUCUAGGUUAGUUUUGUUUUAUAAUAAAUGCUAUAAACAACUAUUAGUAACUGAAAAUGAGCAAUUUGGUGAAUUUUGCGCUUAGACAUGGUGCUAAUUUUCUCAGGCGACACACUUUACAAAGACUCUGCUGCGCAUUGCCAACUCAAGCAGUAAAAGUGUCAACGAAUCCAAUAAGACAAAAUUCAACUCGAGCUGCUUUCGAUGUGAGCACAAAUGUGGCAAAGGACAUUGUGUUGUUCAAAUAUGAGAAUCCCAAGUUUUAUAAAAUGCUCAACUUCUUUGGCAUAUGCCAAUUUGUGUUCUGGACAUAUCUGUCACAUUUUGCCUUUACGACACUGAAAGAUGCGCCAGUUGUGGAGAAACCGGGCGAGGAACUGAAAUGGUUUCAGCGGAUUAAUCUGGGCGAGAAUAAGUACAAAAAUGGCAUCACAAUUUGCUGCUUUACGAUAGGCUAUGGCAUUUUGUUUGCCGUGUGGAUGUUUACGCUGCGCUCUGUGCGAUUUCUCAUUCUGCGCAAGGGCGGACAGGACGUAUCCUUUGUCACCUAUGGUCCCUUCAAUCGCAAUCGCAUCAUGACCGUGCCCCUCAAAUGCAUCUCGGCGCAGGAAUCCCGUGAAAUGGCACGCGUACAGCUGCCCAUUAAAGUGAAGAAUAAGACACUUUAUUAUGUGCUCGAUAUGCGUGGCGAGUUCCGGAAUACGCAAUUAUUUGAUUAUACGGCUGGUUUGAAACGUCGCAUUUGAUAUGUUUUCGUUUGUUUACUUUAAUCAGUUGUAAAUAUAUAGGAAUAAUAAAUCUAAGCUAAUUUAAACCUAAAGCGA